AUGGACCUCUUCAGCUAUCUUUCUGACGACGUAUUAUUGUUAAUAUUCAUUCAGCUCGACGAUCCACUUUCGUUGAGCCAGACAUCAAAACGCUUUAACCGCAUCUCAAAGGAAUCAUAUACCCGGGCCUUGUACUUCAUUACCCGCUAUGGGCACCAACAUGCAAUGUACUGGGCACUAGGGAGGGGAAAACUGGUGGACAAGCAAAUGCUUGACAUCAUGGUCAACAACGGUGCCCACAUCAGCAGAUAUCUUAUUCAAUGCGCGAUACAAUAUCGGGGCCACUCAGCUCCUCAUAGUUUCAUAAAGAAGCACUGGUCGCACAGCCUGUCAUUCGAGAGUUUUGUGUACCUGCUCAAUAUCGCCACAGACCGAAUGGGGUAUAAGGAGUUGGAUUGGUCCAAGAAUGCAGAUGAUGGCUCGGUAUUUCGUCAGUGGCUCAUGGACAAAAAAUCGCUUGGUGGGCGGACACGGAUAGAAUGGGAGGUUAUUCGAGAUAUGUUCGAGAAAUACGGAUUUAUCCCAUUUUGCCCCAAGGAUCCACUUGUCCUUGAUUUUCCGUUGGCGUUGUCUUAUGAACCUCGCCUAUUGCCAUUGGCAGUGAAGAAUGGCUUGAGGUUAGACGUAAAGUACCGUGACUUCAUCUUCCGUAAGGUUUUCGAGAAACCAACAGUCUCCAGAGAUGGACGGGAUGAAACUAUCAUCAAGAUGGUUGAGGAUCUUCAACGACUGGACCCAAUGCAAGUAUAUGUCUGUCAAGUCCAUUCGCUGGCGAGGGCGCUAACUUCCUUGAAGAAUGUUUCGAACAUCAACGAGCAAGGAUAUAUAGCUCUAAGGAGGCUCGAUAUGGCCAGAAAAUUGCCUUAUACUCUUUCCUCUUUGAUUAGCGCACUCAUCAAGUUGUUCAGCAAUACAAGAUCAAUCACCUUCCCGAAAAUUAUCUCCCUUAUUCAGACUCUGCAUUCCGACUACCCAAACCCAACCGAUCCGAAGAUUCGUCACGUUCUUCUGUUGACCGUAUUUUGCUCCCCUAUGGCCGUACGACCAGAUUGGUCCGAUGAUGCGCUGCCUCAAAUAUUGGAAAAACUUGUUGAGCUAGGAUUGAUUCAACCGCCAGUCCGGGAUGGUAUGCCCGAACAUUCCAAACCGAGGAGCCUGGACCUCAAGGGCAUCCCAAAAUCUUUGUCUCGAGAGGAACUCUUUAAUGUUCUUCUUAGUCCGUUCGUAGAAAACGAGCGACCGUGCAUUGCAUAUGCCAGAAGCAAAGCUGGUAUGGGCCUUGAUGAAUGGGCUAUUACCCAGCUUAAAGGCGAUGUCGCCAUUCACUGUCUUCCUAUCAGUAGUAAGGGAAAGCUAUUAAAACGACUUUGCGAGGAUGAAAGCAUUGAACGACGAGUAAUAGAGGCUAUGAGGAACCAUACGAUUCGCCUCGAGAAUCUACCUGAGCCCUUUUCCCCAGAAUGUGCAACGUAUCGUGCCAAACUGGGCGCUAGUCUCCCUAUGACUGGGUCAGACAUGUAUGCGUUUUCUCCUCUGUGGUCGCAUGGUAUAGAGGAGGACCAGGCCGAAUCUCAAUUCGAUCUCGAAUCCGAAUCCCAUAGAAGCAUUGCUGGAGCACCAGGAGACGAUGCCCAUACUACCAUCUUUACCAGCACAAAUUACGAUUUGGGCACAAUCAGUCAAGAUACAUUAAGUGCGAGAUUGGAUAGAGAGGAGUCCGGUACUCGUUGGCAUAGGCGGUGGGUUGAAAAGAAAGCACGAGAGUCAAUUACUCACAUAACCCUAGGCGGUGGUGGUCUCAUGGCGGACAUCAAUUGUCAGCAGAAAUCGAAGCUAAACUACCGUACCCAGCAAGCACGUCCCCGUCAUGUUGCAGAUCAUAUUCUCGAACAUUUCAAGAGCCACCACCGAACUACGGCUAUCAUGAUGACCCAUUGCCUAAUCAACGGAAAUUUGAACACGCUGAGCUCAUACAUCAACGAGAACGUACCUAUCACAUUAUUCCAUAUUAGGGUUUUAGCUAGACUUGGGCGACAACCAUGUUGGAAGUUCUGGAACAAGCUGGACAAACAAAAGUUUUAUUUUUCUGAAGAAGACUACCUUCCUCGGGAAUCUGUCAAGCCUCCCUCAUCCGGGAAAAUGUCGAUCAACACACUGUGUAAUCCCGAUCCCAUAAAGUCUGAGCGGUUCCAGACUCCAACCACGCCGUCAGGCUUCGAAGAAGGUUCCUCGCGUCCCCGUCGAAUGGCCGCGUCCGCGACCCGGACCUACAAGAUUCCGAGCGAUUCUGACUCUGACGAGAUGUCGGACGAUAUGGAUCAUUCGUACUCGACAUCAAAAAGGAGUAGAGCGAGAGGGAAAGGGAAAGGGAAGGCGGUAGAACAGCCGCCCAACGUUCAGCCAGAGUCUACAGACUUUCAUUUGUGGACAAAACACCUAGGACUACUUCUGAAGGAAGAAGAGAAGAAGUGGAAGGAACGCAAGCGACUUUCUGAGAAAGAUGGAAUAGGGAAACCCAAAGAACGGAUCUUCAAGACUGAGUUUAUGCGUGCCCUGGCGAGCAAAGUAGCUGAUAUGAGGAAACGUGAUCAUGCGUCCACACCAACCCCGUCCGUUGAAGAUGACAGUGAUGAAGAAUAUGUCCAGCGACCACGACUCAAACGCAAGGUCCGGCAUUCAGGUUUAGCUGACAGGGAUGACCGGACGCCUAUCAAGAAGCUUAGACUUUCCGAAUGA